AUGGCAAAUGAAGGAGUGUCUCUUAUCUGCCCCCUCGACCUAGGCAUCCCUCUGUUCUUAUACGGUGACAGUUUCGACCCGACCAGUGUCCUCUUCCCUCACUAUGUCUUCUACUUUCCUCCAAAGGAUAAAAAAGAAUCAUACGAUUUUGCGGACAAGGUCAUUGAGAAGCACCGUCGUGCUUGCGACGAGAGGCAGCAUCUAGGCCUUAAAAGGCAGACGCUCGAAGCUCGCAUCGCGCAGAUGGAGAGGAAAAUGUAUCUUGGCAGCCAAGGUCGGGUCCCUGAUCCCAAUCGCGUACCAGUCAAAGUAAUUCCCUUUGACAGCGAAGAGGGCGAUGAAGAAGAGGAUAUAAACACCUGGAAGCGUGUAAAAACGAACCCAAGGUGGGCGACAAAACCGAGGCGUCCACUUCAAAAUAUGGAGAUCGACCUUUACAGUACGGAGACUGUGCCAGAUCACUCCGCAGACGGAAUGAUACGGGAAGAAGUUCCAAAAGUUCCGGACCAACGACCCCCUCUUCCUCGCGGAUACUUUCGCUCUGAAAUUUGGACUCCGUGCACGCUAAUCAAAGAUCUUCCAGAAAGAGACCAAUAA